AUGGUGAUGCUGUUUGCUUUUUCGUAUUUAAAGCAUUUCUCCUGGUGCUUUAUCCCUGCUUGUCUGCUUCAUAUCCUACUAAAGUUCGAACAUAAGCCAAGGUAUGCUCGUGGUUGUGACGUACUGGAUAUGGUCUUUGGGGGAUCCUUGAGCAUCUGCUGUACUCAAACUCAACCCACGUGGAAGCCUUUUCGAUUUUACAAUUUCUGUCUGCACAGUGAGAUUUCUGACAAUAUAAACAACUGUCUCGUCGUCAUGAGAAGUUUUCUCACCGUAGAUGCCUGCAAUUAUUUGGACAACUGCAGUUUUGGGCUGUUCUAA